ACGGUGUUCGCUCAAAUCAUGGCGAGGUUUUUGAGGCCUAAUGUCAGAAAUUUUGUCAUUUCCCAGCUGAGAAUGUCUUCUGAUCAGCUUGGUGAACUUGGCAAAGGUGCUGGAAAAGGAGGAGGGGGCGGAGGUUCUGUUAGAGAAGCAGGUGGAGCCAUGGGGAAGAGGCAGGCAGCUGAGGAGGAGAUGUACUUCAAACGUAAAGAGCAGGAACAACUGGCCGCAUUGAAGCAGCACCACCAGGAGGAAAUUGACCACCACAAAAAGGAAAUUGAACGCCUCCAGCGAGAGAUUGACCGUCACAAGGGAAAGAUCAGAAAGCUGAAACAUGAUGACUAACUGAGUUGUCUCUGACUAUACCAGGAGUUCAACUGCAUGCACUGUGAGAGGCAAAUGUGUGGAUGAAUGUUCUGCGGGUACUUGUGUUAAGUUGUUUUCAACUUUUCAUAUUGAGUACUAAGCUUAAAUAAUGACUGUAAUCUUGUUUGUUUAAAAUUUGUUACGUAAAUAAAAGUGUGAAAAGUA